GGUGGAGUGCAAAUACGUGAAUUGUUCUGGGAUUUAAGUGGUAAUGUUGAUGUUGACGAACUCACAUGCGGUGAAGCUAUCAAUGUUCUGCGUUCAAUGAACGAGGAGGAGAAAUCUCAUUGUUGCAAAGCAACUUUGAAUGCAUUGUUGAAUAAGGAUAAUCCCAGAUAUGUUCAACUGGAAAGGGUUCUUUCAUCAAUUUUUAUUGCUGCAUGCAAUGAAGGUGUUUUAUCACUUUCGGAGUGCUGUGAACUGUUGAUUCUUUGUACGGAUUUUACGUUGUCAACACCAAUUGAUGCACGUAAAUUUGAAUACAUGCAAAGGAAUUUGCAUUUGAUAGAUUAUAAAGGUCUUCGGAAUAUAUUGAAGUUGUUGGUUGUUGAACGUAUGCAAGAAGUACCAUCGACUAUCACCAAUCAUCAACGUCAUAUGCUUCUUCCCGUUGAAAAUAUGCUACUGACUUUAAUUGAUCGGCAAUUGAAUCUUUUGCCGUGUCUGUUCACCAUAACCGAACUACAUCGUGUUUCCAGUAACUCUCGUGCGUUCCUUUUACCGCGCGUUGCAAAAAAGUUCAACGAAACGUUCAUAUCGUUUCGUCCUCUCACUGAAAUGGUCACUGUAAUCGGUCGUCCAUGGUUAUAUCCAAUUGCUUCGCAUAUUUCUUUCCCGGUUAGUACAUCUUCUUGGAAACUCGAAGUGGCCACUACAAAACUUCAUCAGCGUGCACAUUUACCCUAUAAAUCUGAGUUAUUCGCACCUCAGUCCUCACUUCUAUACACACUCCUACGGCAACCAAGAGGCAAAGAUACUUUAUCGUACGUUUUGCGACAAAAUACAAAUAUGACUCCGCAACGAAUUCAGUGUGAUGAGCUUUUACAUAUGAUAAUUCUGGAAGCAAUGAGUGAGAUGGAGAAAACUGAUACACGUCUAGAUGAUGCAGCCAAUCAGUAUCAGUGGAUGAAUAUCACUCAAACCGUUACGUUCUCACUGCUGCAUGGAAUGGCAUCCUUCUCAAGACUUUUGAAAAUACUCUACGAAUCGCUUUCAGAAACAGUCUAUCGAAAAGGUCGUGAUGAACUGAUGUGGGUUAUCUUGCAAUACGUGGCCGUUUAUAUUGGUAAAGUAUCGAAUGAAGAUAUGAUACGAAUUGCUGACAUUUACAAUCUUCUUUAUAGUGAUGAGCAGUGCUGGUCCGGUGCAGAUACCGAUCCGUUAUUGUUCGUUCGUUUUUUUGUACCUGCCGCCAUUUGGAUCCAUUUCUAUAAAAAACCGAAUUCACAAGCUUCAGAAGUAUUGCCAAAGCCAUCCGAAUCAUUGCUGCGUCAGAUACAGUUUCUUCAAGAAAAAACAUCUGAUUCAGAUCCAGCCAUUCAGAACGUAGCUGAUCACAACGCUGUUCUCGCGGCUGUAGCAAAUGCUUAUAGUAACGAUAUGCAAAAUUUUCAUAAAUUGGUGCUAACAGCAGUUGAUAUGUUUCUUGAUGGGAUAGGUGAAGACGCGACAGGUUCAUUAUGGAGAUUACCGCAUGGUAUCAUUUGUCUACCAAAGAAAACACCACUUCCUUUGCCAUUGAUUGAUUCAUUAACGUUCCAUUCGCGCAAUCAUCUUUUCCAAAUGUGCCUUCAUAAACUUUCAACAAUGCUCAAUGUUCAACAAAGUGCCAAACUACCAAGUCCCGCAUCAAUUGAUACAUUGGUUCGAUUAGCAUCAACAACUGAAUUUGAAUACGGUGUUAAAUUGGUGUUGACAUUGAUGCCUCGUGCACUAGCAUCCAUCAGUGCAAACGCCAACAUAGGUGCUACUAAUCAACCGGAUCGUUCUCGUGACCUGCUCUAUAUUCUUUGUGAUAUGCUUUCUUAUCGCCUUAUCAACUAUCCACUUCCAGUUAUUCCUAAGGUGAACGUUAUUCUUUCGUGUUAUUCGGCACUCAGCAAUAAUCAAGUCCAAAUGAACGUAGCACUUUAUUCAGCGCUUGAACAAGUUAUGUUACGAUAUUGGAUGUGGAAUUCACCUCAAGAAAUGAUUGUUCUCUGCAAUGCACUAAUUGGUAAACAAGGAAAGUUAACUGCUCUGAUAUCGUCACCGAACUCGUUUGGUGAACCACAACAUGGUUCAUCGAUAUCACAUGAAAGACCAUCACACGCCAAUUUGCACGUUUCGCCAGAAAUGUUGCGAUCACUUUUACUUUCAAUGUUUCGUGCUUUAAAACUCACAGGCGUUGAAAUGGCGUCUGAAGUUCUACAGCGAUGUAACGCAAACUUUAGUUGGCCUUUAUCUGUUAGUCGAACAUUCAGUACGCAAUUGAUGGGUUGUUCGAUCGAUGAUGGCUCGGAAGUUGCACCCAAUGAAGAACUCUUUCACUGCGUUGAUCAAGAUCAUCGACGUACACAUGAAUAUCUCUGCACGCAAUCCGAAGAAUCGUUGAUCAAGUAUUUCACGAUCGAAAGAAGACAUACACUCUUCUGUGUGAUUUAUAAUCAUCUUAUUUACGAUUCCAAGAAGUUACAUCCCGUUUUCUAUUCUAUGCUAAAUUCAAUGACCGCUAAGGACAUCAUUGUGAUGGUUAAUAAAUUCGUCGAUUAUUUCAUAUAUAUUUUCAAAAAAAAUCCUCCGUCAGAUGACCAAACUUUCACUACGGUCAGCUCGUUCUCGGAUGUGCGGAAUCGUCUCGGUUUUCUUUUUCAUUUCAUUCCAUCAAAUAAAAUCGUCAACACCAACUCAUCGUUUUUCAAUAAAAUGUCUGAAUAUUAUUCGCAAUAUCCGGAACUUACGUAUAGAGAAAUGGAGGUAAAGCUGCGGAGAGAGAUGCAACUGGAACUGCAACUCCGUCAAAUGGAGCAACCAGUCAUCAAUCCAGAAUUGCACAUGCCAAUAUACUAUGGGAACUUGGCUGAGCGAAUUCUCCCAGUUGUCGAUAUUCUUCUUCAGAGGGCACUUGAAUUGGCGGUUGCUGAUCAACUCUUCAAUCCGCUACUGAAGAGCUUCAAGCCGUGCUAUAAAUAUCACCCGCAACCAGCUGCAUAUAUGUACAACGUUCUGUAUUGUCUUGAUAACACGUUAUCGCAUACAGCCAAGGCUCGUUUGUUUGUUUCAGAGAUAUGCGGUCAACUGGAAGAAAGAGAUGGUAAAUAUGCGCUGCUAACUCCUUCGUUUAUACAAGACAAUCAUCAGCUAUCAUUGCCAUCACAGUUCUGUCAAGUGUUAGUCGAUCGAAUCUUACAAGCUUCGCAUUAUCCUCAUCAGCCGCCUCCAUUUGUAUAUAGGGAUUGGCGAUUUGCUGAAUUGGCGCCGGCUGGUCAAGCGCUCACUGGUGCAUGUAUAGAACUGUUAGCGUCGCCUCAUGAUCCUUCUGUAACGGCUCGAGCCCUAAUUGAUCUUGUGUUUAUUCGACCUCUUCAUCAACCUUAUGCAACCAUAAAUACUGUUGCACUCAUCUUGACGGCAUUACCGAGCUCCUUUCAACGUAUUUUCUACGAUCAUAUCGUUUCAGUUCUUGAUUCCGAGGCGUUAACACAAGGUGAUCCGUCUGUUUGUUUUGAAAGUCUUGAGAGUGAAUGUUUUCUCCUUACAGAGAACCAGUUGUUAACGAAUCUUGCUCUAGGACAUGCUUAUUUGCAACACUGCAACACGAGUUCUUUGGCAGCUUUACCCGAAUUCGUUCGCGAUAAAUUAGCGCCAAAGUUGGUCACUGAAGCGCAACUGAUUUUUGUAUUGCGUCUUGUUGUGCCUAUUUUGCAACGAUUUUAUGACAUGAAAGAAAGAAGCAAACAAAUUCAAGAUCUGGCAGUCGACGUCUACAAAAUGACGGUCAAAGUGAACGAACGCGUCGGCGUUUUGAAAUACGAAGAUGCGAUUUGUGACUUACUUUAUCAUAUGAAAUAUAUGUAUGUUGGUGACUUCGUUAAGAAUGAGGCUGAACAAGCCAUUCAGCGCUUAUCACCAUCAAUGCGUGUUAAAUUGAAUGAGUUUCCAAUUCCUAAAAAAGGUCACUUAUUGCAGUGCUCAUGGUAUUGGGGUAACAUGUCAUGGUUGGAAGCGGAGAAAGUAUUGAUGACAUAUCCGUUAGGCACAUAUUUGAUUCGUGAUUCUGCUAGCGAUCGUUACAUCUUUACCAUUUCAUACAAAACCACCGAUUCCGUACAUCAUACACGUCUCCCUCAGCACGGUGGCAAAUUCUGUCUUGGCGGUCCAAACUCGUUGGUAAGGUCAGAAUCGUUGAUGGCAUUUGUGGAGACGUUAGAAGGAUGUGAUGAACGUGGUGUAUGUCUUCUGAUGCAUCAGAAAGGUGAAAAGAGUGAGCACUGCUUGCAACGGCUGACAAAACGUGACAAAUUUAAAGCUCGUCAGUUGUUUUAUUCGCGGUUGCAUGAUUCGAACGGUGCGUUAAUCGACCGCGCGAUGGCUGUCUUUCUACCAGGUCCAUCCACGUUUACUGGUGAAGAUACGGCAGAGAUCUACGUACAUGGCAGUCGAGCGGUAGUGAAUUGUGUAUGCGACACGUUGAGUUGUAUCGACAAUGUUCAAGCAGCGAAGGCUGGCGAGUUCACGAAACGUGCAUUCUUCAACUCGAAGCUAACUCUUGAUGAUGUGCUGUCGUUGUCAUAUUUACUCUCCGCUGAAACACAACGUCAACGAGCACUCGCUCUUCAUUCCACUCAAAUCGGUUCGGUGAUGCCAGAUGUGCGAACUUCAUUGAUAGAGUUGAUUUGUUCGUUAGAGGCAGGGAUCGAUUUUGCGGAUGAUGUGACCUUCGACUGGGAUUUAUUCCGCUCACAUCUGAGAGAUAUCAUUUCUCAACUUCAAACAAUCAAUCGUCGUGCUCAGAGGGGCUCACUGAUAACGGAUGGCAUCAGUGUUGUUAUGUUGGGCAAAACGAAUGUCGGCAAAAGCAGUCUUCUCAACAGAAUUGCAGAACGAGACGUGGCAAUAGUUUCGGAUGUUGAAGGUACAACAAGAGAUGCACUAGAAACCCGCAUUGAGUUAUCUUCUGUACCAGUAAUUUUUACCGAUACGGCUGGUAUACGCAUUGCUCAAGAUUUUCUUGAGGCGGAAGGUAUUUCUCGCACAAUUGCAAGAGCUAAGCAAGCACACUUAUUGUUAGCAGUGAUUGAUGGAAGUAAAAAUGCGGAUAUCACAACUGAAGUAAAUGAACUAUUAAAACGUUGUCAUUGUGAAGACAAAUCGAACAUUGUCGUAGCGUGUAAUAAGGCUGAUCUUAUUAAACAAACGUUCGAGCAGUCGUAUUUAUUAUCACUGAAAUGGAAAGUCGUUUUAACGUCGUGCCUCAAUACGAGUGGUAUUGAUCAGCUGGUAAUUAAUAUGCUUUCGCUUUUUUUUAUUCUUUGGUAUUCAUUAUCAAACAGUUUUUCAAAUUUAUUUUCGCUCAGUACAACAUCUUGUUCGAAGUAUGUUGCGGUUGAACUGGAUGUCAUAAAGGAACAUAUCAGCGAGAUAUGUCCUGAAGAAGGCAACGAUGCUUUAUUGAGUCGUUAUCGUCAGAGAAUUCUUCUCAAUGAUGCAAUUUCAGUUCUUCAAAAAGUGGAAGGUAAUCGUGAUAGUGCAUUGAUAGCUGAAUAUCUGCGUGAAGCAAGUGAUCUUAUCGGCGAAAUAUCGGGUACGAUUGUUAAUGAAGAAAUACUCGACCGAAUAUUUUCAUCUUUUUGUAUUGGCAAAUAA